CUCCCUUCAGCUGGUGCUCGCUGAUUGGUCACUGCUAGCGUGAUCUCCAGGGUGACUAGAACACGCUAGCAGCUUUGUAGGAGAGCAUGUACGCUUGCGCACUUACUAGAUUGCGAGGCCCGUGGAGUCUUUGAGAUGAAGCGUGUUUUCUCACUGCUAGAAAAGAAUUGGCUUGGAGCACCUAUCCAAUUUACCUGGCAAAAAACAUCAGGAAAUUACCUUGCAGUAACAGGAGCUGAUCAUACUGUAAAAAUCUUUGAUCGCCAUGGUCAAAAAAGAAGUGAAAUUAACUUAUCUGGUAACUGUGUUGGUAUGGAUUGGGAUAAAGAUGGAGACAUCCUAGCAGUGAUUGCUGAGAAGUCUAGUUGCAUUUAUCUAUGGGAUGCCAACACUAAUAAAACCAGCCAGUUAGACAGUGGCAUGAGGGAUCAACUGUCUUUCCUUCUUUGGUCAAAAAUUGGAAGUUUCCUGGCUGUUGGAACUGUUAAAGGAAAUUUGCUUAUAUAUAAUCGUCAGACAUCUCGAAAGAUUCCUGUCCUUGGAAAGCAUACUAAGAGAAUCACAUGUGGAUGUUGGAAUGCAGAAAAUCUGCUUGCUUUAGGUGGUGAAGAUAAAAUGAUUACAGUUAGUAAUCAGGAGGGUGACACAAUAAGACAGAUAAGUGUGGUGGUUGGCAAGAAAUCAUUGUUCUUUUUUAACCUGAAUGAACCAGAUAGCCCAGUUGAUCUGGAGUUUCAGCAGCGCUAUGGCAACAUUGUCUGCUAUAGUUGGUAUGGUGAUGGCUAUAUCAUGAUUGGCUUUACAUGUGGAAUUUUUGUGGUCAUUUCCACUUAUAUUCGAGAGAUUGGUCAAGAGGUAUUUCAGGUUCAUGACUAUAAAGAUAGUCUAACCAGUAUUGCACUAUCACAGACCCUUAACAAAGCUGCUACAUGUGGUGAUAACUGUAUUAAAAUCCAUGAGUUAGCAGAAUUAAAAGACAUGUAUGCUAUAAUCAACCUGGAUGAUGAAAAUAAAGGGUUGGGCACCUUGUCCUGGACAGAUGAUGGCCAGUUGCUGGCACUGUCUACCCAGAGGGGCUCACUCCAUGUUUUCCUGACCAAGCUUCCUGUACUGGGGGAUGCCUGCAGCACAAGGAUUGCGUAUCUCACCUCUCUCCUUGAAGUCACUGUUGCCAACCCUGUUGAAGGACAGCUGCCGAUCACGGUUUCUGUUGACGUGGAACCCAACUUUGUGGCCGUAGGAAUUUAUCAUCUGGCUGUGGGCAUGAACAAUCGAGCUUGGUUUUAUGUCCUUGGAGAGAACGGUGUUAAAAAAUUGAAAGAUGUAGAGUAUCUGGGGACAGUCACCAGCAUUUGCCUUCAUUCUGACUAUGCUGCUGCACUUUUUGAAGGGAAAGUGCAGUUACAUUUGAUAGAAAGUAAAAUCUUGGAUGCUCAAGAAGAACGUGAGACUCGACUUUUCCCAGCCGUGGAUGAUAAGUGCCGUAUUCUAUGUCAUGCUUUAACUGGUGAUUUCCUCAUCUAUGGUACAGAUACUGGUGUCAUUCAGUAUUUCUACAUUGAAGACUGGCAGUUCGUUGAUGAUUAUCGACAUGCUGCCAGUGUGAAAAAGAUUUUUCCUGACCCAAAUGGGACCAGAGUAGUUUUCAUUGAUGAAAAAAGUGAUGGAUUUGUCUACUGUCCUGUUAAUGGUGCCACCUAUGAGAUUCCGGAUUUUUCACCAAACAUUAAAGGUGUUCUUUGGGAAAACUGGCCCAUGGAUAAAGGUGUAUUUGUUGCUUAUGAUGAUGAUAAGGUAUACACUUACGUCUUUCACAAGGGCACUAUACAAGGAUCCAACGUCAUUUUGGCUGGUGGCACCAAAAUUCCCUUCUCUCAUAAACCUUUGCUGUUAUAUGACGGAGAGCUGACCUGCCAGACGCAGAGUGGAAAAAUAAACAACAUCUACCUUGGUACUCACAGCUGCCUCCACAAUUUAAGAAAUGUGGGGCCCAGUGAACUGAGACAAAUGCUGACACAGACUUUACUGCUAAAAAGGAAGAAAUCUUUACUUUUUGGGGACCUCAGCCUGAUAUACUGGGUACUCGAUGAUUUAAUACCAGUCCAAGCUGUCCCCACUGCUCCACUUCCUCUCUGUUCCACAGGCUGCUUGAAUUCAAUGCGAAGGGACUUACUGCAUUGGGACAAUGCCUUACAACUGGCAAAGCGUUUGGCCCCAGACCAAAUACCAUUUAUAUCGAAAGAAUAUGCUGUUCAGCUUGAAGUCAUGGGUGAUUAUGUAAACGCUUUGGCUCAUUAUGAGAAAGGAAUAACAGGUGAUAAUAAGGAACAUGAUGAAGUAUGUCUGGCUGGAGUGGCUCAGAUGUCCAUAAGAAUGGGAGACAUACGCCAAGGGGUUCACCAAGCCCUCAGGCAUCCCAGCAGGGUCCUCAAAAGAGACUGUGGGGCCAUAUUGGAGAAUAUGAAGCAAUUUUCAGAAGCAGCCCAACUGUAUGAAAAAGGUCUCUACUAUGACAAAGCAGCAUCUGUCUACAUCCGCUGUAAGAAUUGGGCAAAAGUUGGUGAGCUUCUGCCUCAUGUUUCUUCUCCAAAGAUUCACUUGCAGUACGCCAAAGCUAAAGAAGCAGAUGGAAGAUACAAAGAAGCUGUUGUGGCCUAUGAGAAUGCAAAACAAUGGAACAGUGUCAUCCGAAUCUACCUGGAUCACCUGAACAGUCCUGAAAAGGCCGUCAGUAUUGUCAGAGAGACCCAGUCUCUCGAUGGAGCCAAAAUGGUAGCCAGGUUUUUUCUACAGUUAGGUGACUAUGGAUCUGCCAUCCAGUUUCUUGUUAUGUCCAAGUGUAAUAAUGAAGCUUUCACACUGGCUCAGCAACACAACAAAAUGGAAAUCUAUGCAGACAUUAUUGGUUCUGAAGACACUACUAAUGAAGACUAUCAAAGUAUUGCCUUAUAUUUUGAAGGAGAGAAACAGCACUUUCAAGCUGGAAAAUUCUUCUUGUUGUGUGGCCAAUAUUCACGAGCACUUAAACACUUCCUGAAAUGUCCAAGCUCAGAAGACAAUGUAGCAGUAGAAAUGGCAAUUGAAACUGUUGGUCAGGCCAAAGAUGAACUACUGACCAGUCAAUUGAUAGACCACCUUAUGGGAGAGACUGAUGGAAUGCCUAAGGAUGCCAAGUACCUGUUCCGCUUAUACAUGGCCCUGAAAAAAUACCAAGAGGCUGCCCGGACUGCCAUUAUAAUUGCCAGAGAAGAGCAGUCUGCAGGAAAGUAUCGGAAUGCUCAUGACGUUCUUUUCAGCAUGUACGCAGAACUGAAAUCCCACAAGAUCAAAAUUCCCUCCGAGAUGGCCACCAACCUCAUGAUCCUGCACAGUUAUAUAUUAGUCAAGAUCCAUGUUAAAAAUGGAGAUCAUAUGAAAGGGGCACGUAUGCUUAUUCGGGUGGCCAACAACAUCAGCAGAUUCCCAUCACACAUUGUGCCAAUCCUGACGUCUACCGUGAUCGAGUGUCACAGAGCAGGUCUGAAGAACUCCGCCUUCAGCUUUGCAGCUAUGUUGAUGAGGCCCGAGUACCGCAACAAAAUAGAUGCCAAGUACAAGAGGAGGAUCGAGGCAAUGGUCAGGAGACCCGAUACAUCUGAGACAGAAGAGGCCACAACCCCAUGUCCAUUCUGUGACUUUCUUCUUCCGGAAUAUGAGCUCCUCUGUCCUGGAUGUAAAAAUAACAUCCCAUAUUGCAUUGCAACAGGUCGACAUAUGUUGAAGGAUGAUUGGACUGUGUGUCCACAUUGCGACUUCCCUGCUCUGUACUCAGAAUUCGAGAUCCUGUUAAACACUGCAAGCACAUGUCCUAUGUGUUCAGAAAAAUUAAACUCUGCUCAACUGAAAAAAAUCUCAGACUGUACCCAGUACCUGCGCACAGAGGUGGAGCAGUGAGUGGAACGUGCAGGAGGCUGUUUUUAGCGCUGGUGGAUUUAGAGAUGGUCCCUCCUGGAUACAGAAAAAAACACAAAGGUGACCUUUCCAGCUCUCCACUUUCAACUUCUGUAGAGUGACAAAAUGGUAACCAUUGCUGUUUGUUACACUUCGUAUAUUUUCUCUUCAAAGUCUUACAUAUUAUAUGCUUUGCACUGUUAAUAGUAACCUAUGACAUAUUUUGAAAUACCUCCUUUAAAAUAAAAUUGUUAACUAGA